AUGCAUAUAAAAUCCUUAGUCAUUGACGGCUUUAAGUCAUAUGGAAAACGCGUGGAGUUGAAUAAUUUUGAUCCAGAAUUCAAUGCUAUAACUGGCCUAAACGGUACAGGAAAAUCAAAUAUUUUAGAUGCAAUAUGUUUCACUUUGGGAAUAUCAGCUAUGAACACUAUACGUGCUUCAACCAUGCAAGAUGUUAUUUAUAAAAGUGGACAAGCGGGUGUUCAUACAGCCACUGUCACCAUCACUUUUGAUAAUAAAGAUAAAUCAAGAUCUGCUCCGCAUUACACACACAAUGAUGAAAUCGUAAUUUCACGAGAAGUCGGAAUGGGUUCUAAAAACACUUAUAAGAUUAAUGGUCUUACAGUGACGGCUAAAAAAAUUAUGGACUUUUUUAAUUCUCUGCAAAUGAAUGUAAAUAAUCCUCAUUUCAUUAUUAUGCAAGGUAGAAUUACAAAAGUGUUGAAUAUGAAACCUAUAGAAAUAUUGUCUAUGAUUGAAGAGGCUGCUGGCACUAAUAUGUACGAGUCUAAGAAAAGAAGUCUUGAAAUGACAGUGGGUAAGAAAGAUAACAAAUUAAAAGAAAUGCGAGAUGUAGCAGAUGAAGAGAUUCUUCCAACUAUGGAGACUAUUGAGAAAGAAAAACAGAUGUUGGAGGAAUUGAAUAUGGUUCAUGGUCAGUUAAGAAUACUGAACGAGAAGCUUGAUAAUUGGAAUUAUGUACAACUAAAAAAAAUGGUAAGUCAAUUUUCUGAGGAUCUUAAGCAACUAAAUGUUAGAAAACAGAAGAAAGAAGAAUUGAUUGAAGAUUCAAAAAUUCAACUGAAAGAUAUGGAAAAGCAAAUAAAAGAACACGAGGAAUUGCUCAAAAUAAACGGUGGAAAUAAUUUGAAUGCAUUAAAAGUUAAAUUUGAAGAAACAGAAAAAGAAAAAGAUUGUGUACAGCUUCAAGUAAAUGGAUGUAAAACAAAUAUAAAUAUUGAGGUUAAAAAAAUUAAAGAUCUGGAAAAACAAAUAAACAAUAGCAAGAAAGGUUAUGAAGCAAAGAAAAAAGAGAUGGAAGACUUUAAUGAGAUGAAUGCAGGUGUAGAAGAAGAGAACAAAAAAAAUACAAAUGAUUUAGAUGAAAUUGAUAAAAAAAUACGAUCAUUGAAUUCAGGAAAUAUAUUUGGUGAUGAAGAUAAUGGUUCAGUGCAGGAAAAUAUUAAUAAAUAUAAUUUAGAAUUACAAAACCAGCAGACAGAAAACCAACAAUGUACAAUUAAAAUUGAUGGAUUAAAAAAAAAGUUAAACGAACACUUAUCUGGUAUGAAAGAAGCAAAGAAAACAUAUGACUCACAAAUGGCUCAAUUAACGGCUAAAGAAAAAGAAUAUGAGAAAAUAAAAGAUGAAUAUAUAAAAGCUAGUGAAGCAUUAAAUCAACAUCAUAAUUUGAAAUCAAGUCGUGAUAAUUUACUCAGAGAUAUACGUAAUUUUAGUUCAAAAACUGAAUCGUUUGAAUCGAAUAAUCCAGCCUUAUUCUUUAGAUAUAACGAUCCAAGGCCUAAUUUUGACCGACGUAAAGUACAUGGGCUUAUUUGCCGUUUAUUUACGCCUAUUGAUUUUAGAUUUGAGCUUGCAUUAACAACUUUGGCUGGAGGUAAAUUGUACUUUAUUGUUGUUGAAGAUGAUACUGUCGGUAAAGAUAUUUUGGAAACCAAUAAGUUUUCAAAUCGUAUGAAUUUUAUACCUUUGAGUAAAAUUAAAUCUGAUAGUUUGCCUCCCCAUGUUAUACGUACAGCUCAACAAAUUGGUGGAGCUGAUCAAGUAUUUCCUGCCAUGUCACUUAUAAAAUAUGACAAAAAACACUUAAAAGCCAUACAAUGGGUAUUUGGACAAGCAUUUAUAUGCACUACUAAGGAAAUUGCUGAAAAAGUUUGCUUUGAUAACAGAGUUAAUCGGCAUUGUUUUACAUUGGAGGGUGAUCAUUUCAAUCCCUCUGGUAGUCUUACUGGCGGAGCAAACACUCAAAGACUUAUUUUACAAUCAAUAGCAAAACAAGAUGAAAUUUCAUUAGAGCUUCAAGCAAAAAAAUCUGAGUAUGAAAAGGUUGAUAAUAGUUGUAAAGCUAUGCAUAAUUUGCCGGAAAAAGUUGCACAACUUAAAGAUCGACAAAUUACAGUUCAAGAAGAGUUGGAAAAAAUUCAAUCGGAUGUACAUUUAGGACAACCUCAUCAACAAGUUACUGAAUUUAAUAAAAUUAAUCAGCAAAUAGUAGAACUGGAGUCUAAGUUAGUUGAAGGUAAAGCACAUGAAAAAACCUUACAAAAAAAAAUUAAAGACUUAGAAAACAAAAUGAAAAAUGCUGAGAAUAUUCUAAAAAAACAGUUAAGCGAUGCAGAAAAAACUAGAAAAAAUAUUUUAGAAAAAAUAAAAAGAAACAAAACAGAAUAUGAUGGGAAAAAAAAUAACUACAACAAAUUAGAACUUGAAAUUAAAGACUUAACUGGUCAGAUGCAAGAAGAAGAAAAUCAAUUGGUUGAGUUAAAUGUUGAAAAGAAGGAACUUGAAGAAAAGCUACUCACAUUGAUGUCCAAACUAGAUAAGGCUGAUGAAAAAUGUAAGGAAGCAUCUAAAGAAUAUGAAAGCCAGAAAGAAAUUGCAAUGCAAAAUUCUAAUAAAAUGCAGCAAAAUCAAUAUUUAUACAAGAGGUUGACUGAUGAAAUUUCAACUAUUAAAGUUAAUCUGGCAGAGCUUUCUUCAGAAAUUACUAAAGUGAAUAAUGGAUCAUUAACUGCCAAAGAAAAAUUUGAGAAAAUUGAUAAGAGAUUGCCUGAAGAACAAAAACAAAUGGCACUUAAAAUGGAUUUUAUAAAUUUUAAAUCUGAGGAAUGCAAUCGGUCAGUUAAUGAACUGCAAGCUAGGUAUGAUCAAUUAGCAAAAGUUGUAGAUCCAGGUAAAUUGAAUAACUUUCACAAACAUAUUCAAGAGUAUAAGCGUCUCCAAAAGAAACUGGAAACAAUUGUAAAGGAUAAAAUUAAAAUUAAUGAAAUAAUUGAAGAACUAGAAGUGAAAAAACGUCUUCAUUUACAACAUGCUUCAAAUCGUGUGAAUAUAGAGUUUGGAAAAAUAUUCAGUAGCGUAUUACCUGGUGCCCAAGCACGUUUAAAACAAACAAACUUAGACGACAUUACAGCCGGCUUAGAGAUUUGUGUUGCAUUUAACGGACUAUGGAAGGAAAGUUUAGAAGAACUAAGUGGUGGCCAGCGCUCUUUGGUUGCAUUGUCUUUAGUCUUAGCCAUGUUGUUGUUCAACCCAGUUCCUCUUUACAUUUUGGAUGAAGUAGAUGCUGCUUUAGAUCUUUCCCACACCCAGAACAUAGGGAAAAUGUUGAAGCAACAUUUUAAGCAAUCCCAAUUUAUUGUAGUAUCGCUCAAAGACGGUAUGUUUAGCAAUGCUAAUGUAUUGUUUAGAACAAAAUUUGUGGACGGAUCUUCUGCAGUUACUAGAACUACUUGUAAUCAAACAUAA